ACUCAGGUUAGCACAUCUGCCUUUCCCUGGAGCCCCACCCCUGCUCCGGGUCAGGUGGCAUAGUUUCCUUAGGGCUGGCUUUUCCCCUGAGGAGUCUGGGCGGAUAUCCCCGUGGUCUGGCCUGAGGCUGCUGGAAGGCAAGGUCGUGCUUGGUUAGCUGACCCCCGGUAAGGGGGCCGAGCCCGGGGAACUGACCCUGGGAAGGGGCGGAGCUACAGACAGUGGGGCGGAGCCGCGCAUUGCUUUCCUUCCAAGGCUGGGGAGGGCUUAGGUAGGUAAUGGCCGGUUCUGCUUUCGGCUGUUUCUGACACCAGAUUAGCACUGCAAGGAUAUGGCUCUUGACUUUUGACGAUUGCCUCUGCUGCCAUUGUCACCCGAGGUUUGGCUCCCACCUGCCCAUCGCCUUGUGAGUUUCCCCGACCUGGUGAGGCUGGCGCCAAAAGCGCAGUCCACGUGUUCCCUCUAGAUGUGCGCUGGGGUGCGGGGCCAAAAUUUGGAAACGAUCCUGAUUAGAACGUGGGGGUCUGAUCCCUGGGUUCUAGGACCGUGGGCGUGGCCAGGUCCCUGGGGGAGCUUUGGCCGCGCGUCCUCGCCCACAUCUGGGGUCCGCCUCCAGUGCAGUUCCCAGGUAACCGUCUUGUGAUCCCCGAGGAGUCUGGCGGAAACGGCGCUGGGGGAGGGGCCCUGACACCUGGGCCUGCCUAUGAGGAAUGAGGCCAGGGCUGGCUCCGGGGUGCAGGGAUCGACUCAACCUCUCGGACUGUACUCUGACCAGGUUGUCAGGUGGGUGGAGCCGGGUACUCGGGCACAAACCGCGCCCCCCCCCUUCCGGGGUCUUCGACGCGAUCCUGUUGUCGGUUUCGGGUGCAAUACCAAGUCUGUGGCUGCGAUGCUCCUAGAGGCGUCGAGCUCCGCGCAGACCCUUGUCGCAGCCCCUCCCUCAGGCUUGUUUUGAAAACAGCCGAGGCUUGGAUUUGCGGGCGCCGCGGCCUGUUUUGUCUCUCCUGAUUUGUUUAACGCUCGCAGCUAAUUGCAGAUUUUCGUAGCUUUCUGAGAGCGGACGCCCCGCCUCAUGGCUGCCAGCUGCGGCGGGGGAAGGGCAGCUUCGGUUUCUCUGUGGCCCUGCGCCCCUAGAGUGUGGUCCGCUGUUUAGGCGUCCCUAUCCUGUCCUGGGGGUGGGGCAGUUCCCACUCUCCUUGAUAGAAUCCUGGCUUUAGCGGGAUCGUUCCCGUCUCCCUACCAGUUCCUGAUGUCCCUUGUUUGCUGUCUUGGUCUCUGGGGGAGAUCCAAGCUCUGCUCUUCGGUUGGGCCACACUUCCACAACGUUGAUUUGAUCUGAGCCUCAAAAAGCCACUCAUACUAAGAAACGAACCCCAACUCUAUCUAACCCUACCCUGCGAGGCUGUUCUAGAGUAAGGGAACUCAACUGGUUGUGUCGUGCCCGCACCCCCCCCCCCCCGCGCGCCAUGGAAUUGGCAUCAAGAGAGGCCUUGAGAAGAGGAACCCAAAGCGGGAAGCCUCAGAGCAUCCAGCUGACGAGGGGCUUUUGUUGCUUCCCAAACAGUCCAGGAUGUGCUCGCCCUCAGAAUUCUGGCUGAGGAGAGGCUGUUAAGUUCCAGACCUGGGAGCUGGCACUGGCUGCGUGUGCUCUUAUCCCUCAACACUGUAUUCCCACUGGUUCUCCCCGCCCCCCACCUCUUCCCUGUGUCAGACCUGGCCUACAGAGGGCUCCCUGGUAAGAUCCUAGAGGAUGACUGUUGUCAGGGUGCUGGAGGAUAAAUAGUUGGCCAGCUCUCUGAAGUGGAUAUUAUUAUUAUACCCAACCUACAUACGGGGAAACUGCACAGAGCAGCUUUGUAAUGUCUAUGUAACUAUGCCAGAAGGAGGCAGCUAGAUCUGAACCGGAGUGAUCUUGAAGUCUCACAGUGCUGUGGCAGAGUUCUUUGUCUCGGCUGUUGGGGAGAGAGCAAUCCUGGGAGACAGAGGUGACUGUUGGGAGCAUCAGCCCAGGAUUUGGUGACCUAGAGGGUAUUAGUGAUGUUAGUUUUAUAUCUAAGAAGUGUUAGCUCAGAGGGUCCUGAUUCAGAAGGAGAUAAGCUGGUCUGCCUUCAGUGGAGUCUGUGUGAGGGCCCUCAUCGGUCAGUGUGUGGUUCAUCAGACCCUUCUGAAGUAUGUAUGACAGAGUUGCUUAGAAGAGGUUAUCUUCCCUUGGCCUUGCCUUUCGGAGACACCCCACCCCCACCCCAAAUGGAGAGCUGGAACCUAGGUGGUCUGCUGUGAGAAUUCUAAAGCUAGAGGAGGCCGACAGGCAAGGGCCAGAGAAAACUAGAGCUGCCCCCAGGCGCAGAGAGGCUGCAGGUGGCAGGUCUGCACGAAAGAGUGACACAAGGCUUCUGCUAGCUGCAGUCAAUGCCUCCUGGGGCUGAUACUGUCCUGUGGUUUGGCUGCUGGGUUGAAGAGCAGCUUGUUGGUUCUUGUCACAAAGGCUGUGUUGAGUAUUGGGGACAAAAAGUUGCCCUCUGCCCCUUGCCCGGGUUAUGGGCUGAGGACACUGCCAUGUGGGGGACAUGAUGUCCUGCUUGGACUCACUGUAGAUCCAGGCCUGGGCCAACUGUCUGAGGGUAUGGGCUAGGGGAAUCCUGGAAAACUGCUACACAGGGCAAGUGAGAAUCUUGGUGGGUUUGGAGGUGGACAUUGCCUACAAGUGUAGCCAGCUGGGCCAGCAAGGCUAAGGACAGGCUUGUGGUGUCUGAACUAUGGUUGGUUGUAUCUUCCUCCUUGCCCCUAAAGGUCCCAAAGUCUACAGGUUGGGUUGAGGGCUUUGAAAACCCAGGAGGUAGCACACUGAAGAAUAUGGUUAUAUGGGAUCUUGGUAGGUUGAUGUAGACCCUUUGCCAUGCAUUUUCUCUGGAGUAUCCUCUGGCUGGCAGCUGGGUGAGCUGCCAAAUUGUUCCCUCCAAUAAACCUGCUAAGAGGUAAGUACCCUUGGUUUGUACUUCCCUUUGGGCCUACAGGGACUGUUUCCAGGGGAAGAAUACAAUAGAAGAGCCGUUGAAUGCUAUAGUGUAACACUCUCAGGCUUUCCUCAGAUGAAUUCAUUUAAUCUUUAUAAUGCCUAGGGUUAAUUUACUAUUACUGUGUACAUUUUGCAGAUGGGGAAAUGAGGCACAGAGAAGUUAACUUGCCCAAGGUCACACAGCUAAGUCCUGAUGCCAGCCUACAACAGAGACUGAGACCACUGGAGCCUUGAGUUCUGGGGGCAAUGGCUAUGUCACUCUGGGCCCUGACCUUCCUGGGUCUGAUGGGCCUAGGGUUGAGCCAACGGUCCCGCAAGCCGGAGAGUUUUCGCAGUGACACAGAGCUGAACCACCUGGUUGUGGAUGAGGCCUCAGGUGUGGUAUAUGUUGGGGCGGUGAACGCACUCUACCAGCUGAGUGCUGACCUGCAUCUCCAGCAGCAUGUGGUCACAGGCCCCGCCAUGGAUAACAAGAAGUGCACACCACCCAUUGAGGCUAGCCAGUGCCAUGAAGCAGUGCUCACUGACAACGUCAACCAGUUGCUGCUGCUUGACCCGCCCGGGAAACGCCUGGUCGAGUGUGGCAGCCUUUUCAAGGGCAUCUGUGCUCUGCGUGCCCUGAGCAAUAUCUCGGUGCGCCUCUUCUAUGAGGAUGGCAGCGGUGAGAAGUCCUUUGUAGCCAGCAAUGAUGAGAGAGUGGCCACAGUGGGGCUGGUGAGCUCCACAAGCCCUGAUGGUGAUCGAGUGCUGUUUGUGGGCAAAGGCAAUGGGCCCCAUGACAAUGGCAUCAUCGUGAGCACCCGCCUGCUGGACAGGGUUGAGGGCCGGGAGGCCUUUGAGGCCUACUCAGACCAUACCACCUUCAAGGCUGGCUACCUGUCUACUAACACUCAGCAGUUUGUUGCAGCGUUUGAGGAUGGCAUCUAUGUUUUCUUCAUCUUCAACCAGCAAGACAAGCACCCUGCCAGGAACCGCACACUGCUGGCACGCAUGUGCAAAGAUGACCCCUCUUACUAUUCCUACGUAGAGAUGGACCUGCAGUGUCAGGAUCCCAGUGACUCCGAAGGCUCUUUCUUUGGUACCUGCCUAGCAGCUUCUGUAGCUGGCAGAGUACUCUAUGCUGUCUUCAGCAGAGAUGGCCGGAGCAGUGGGGGGCCUGGUGCAGGCCUCUGUGUUUUUCCACUAGAUAACAUCAAUGAGAAGAUGGAAAACAACCGUGAUGCCUGCUACACAGUUACCCGAGACACAAGCCGUGAUGAUGCCUUCUACAAACCCUUCCACGGAGACAUCCAGUGUGGUGGCCAUGCGGCAGGUGCCAGCAAGAGCUUCCAGUGUGGCUCGGAGCACCUGCCCUAUCCACUGGGCAGUCGUAAUGGACUCGUCACCACAGCUCUGCUGUACCGUGGGGGCCUGAAUCUGACAGCAGUGACGGUAACUGCCGAGAAUGGCCAUAUUGUCGCCUUCCUGGGCACCUCAGAUGGCCGGAUCCUUAAGGUGUACCUUGCCCCGGAUGGCACUUCUGCCGAGUAUGGCUCUAUCCCGGUAGACAUCAACAAGAAAAUCAAGCAGGACCUGGCGCUGUCUGGAAACCUGUCCAGUCUGUAUGCUAUGACCCAGGACAAGGUGUUCAGGCUCCCAGUGCAAGAAUGUCAGAGCUAUCAAACCUGUGCUCAGUGUCGUGACUCCCAAGAUCCCUACUGUGGCUGGUGUGUCGUCGAGGGACGAUGCACCAGGAAGGCCGAGUGCACGCGGGCAGAGGAAAAUGGCCACUGGCUGUGGAGCCGGGACAAGUCCUGUGUGGCCAUCACUGAUGCUAACCCACAGAACAUGAGCCGGCGGGCCCCAGGGAAGGUACAGCUGUCUGUCAACCCCCUACCCACCCUGACUGAGGAGGAUGAGUUGCUCUGCCUCUUUGGUGAAUCACCACCACGCCCUGCCAGGGUAGAAGGGGACGCCAUCACCUGUGACCCUCCGAGCAGCAUCCCUAGCACGCCACCCGGCCAAGACCAUGUGGCUGUGAGCAUCCAGCUCCUCUUCAAACAUGACAAUGUCUUCCUCACCUCCCACCAGUAUCCUUUCUAUGACUGCAGAGAGGCUAUGAGCCUGGUGGAGAACCUGCCGUGCAUCUCUUGUGCUAGCAACCGCUGGAUGUGCCAGUGGGACCUGAUGUAUCACGAGUGUCGGGAGGCCUCACCCAACCCAGAAGAUGGAAUCAUACGUGCCCACAUGGAGGAAAACUGCCCCCAGUUCCUGGCCCCUAGCCCUUCAGUCAUCCCCAUGAAUUAUGAGACAGAAGUGACCUUCCAGGGCAAGAACUUGGAUCCUGAGAAGGUCUCUUCCCUCUGUGUGGGCAGUGACCUUCUGAAGUUCGAGGCAACUGUGACUAUACAGAAGUCAGGGGACUUCUCUUUUAAGACCCCAAAGCUAUCCCAUGACGCUAACGAAACGCUGCCUCUUCACCUGUAUGUUAAGUCCUUUGACAAGAAAAUUGACAGCAAGCUACAAGUGACACUCUACAAUUGCUCCUUUGGCCGCAGUGACUGUAGCCUGUGUCUGGCUGCCGAUCCUGCCUACAGGUGUGUGUGGUGUGGUGGGCAGAACAGGUGUGUGUAUGAGGCUCUGUGCAACAAUGUUACUUCUGAAUGCCCGCCACCAGUCAUUACCAGGAUCCAGCCUGAGACAGGCCCGCUGGGUGGGGGCAUCCGCGUCACUAUCCAUGGGUCCAAUUUGGGUAUCACAGCAGAUGAUGUCAAGAAGAUCACUGUGGCUGGCCAAAACUGUGCCUUCGAACCCAAGUGGUACUCUGUAUCUACCCGGAUUGUGUGUGCAAUCAAGGCUGCGGAGAUGCCUUUCACAGGAGGGAUUGAGGUGGAUGUUAAUGGAAAGCUCGGCCAUUCACCGCCACACGUCCAGUUCACUUAUCAACAACCCCAACCUCUCAGUGUGGAGCCACGACAAGGGCCACAGGCAGGUGGUACCACAUUGACCAUCAAUGGCACUGACCUGGACACAGGCUCCAAGGAGGAUGUGCGGGUGACCCUCAAUGAUGUCCCUUGUGAAGUGACAAAGUUUGGGGCUCAGCUGCAAUGCAUCACGGGUCCACAGUUGGCUCCAGGCCACGCAGUACUAGAAAUUUCCUACGGGGACUCCCGAGUGCCCAGCUCCGGCGUCUCUUUCACCUACUGUGAGAACCCCGUGUUACGAGCCUUUGAGCCACUGAGAAGCUUUGUCAGUGGUGGCCGAAGCAUCAGUGUUACUGGCCAGGGCUUCAGCCUCAUCCAGAAGUUUGCCAUGGUUGUCAUUGCUGAGCCCUUGAGGUCCUGGAGGCGGCGGCGGCGGGAGGCUGGAUCCCUGGAGCCCAUGACGGUCAUGGGCACUGAGUACGUGUUCUACAAUGACACCAAGGUCGUUUUCUUGUCACCUGCUGUCCCUGAAGAACCUGAGGCUUACAACCUCACCGCAUUGAUACAGAUGGAUGGUCAUCGUGCCCUGCUUAGGACUGAAGCUGGUGCCUUCGAGUAUGUGGCUGAUCCUACCUUUGAGAACUUCACAGGUGGUGUCAAGAAGCAGGUCAACAAGCUCAUCCACGCCCGGGGAACCAAUCUGAACAAGGCCAUGACGCUGGAGGAGGCUGAGGCAUUUGUGGGUGCUGAGCGUUGCAUUAUGAAGACACUGACUGAGACUGACCUAUACUGUGAACCCCCAGAGGUGCAGCCCCCACCCAAGCGACGGCAGAAGCGAGACACAACACACAACCUACCUGAGUUCAUUGUGAAGUUUGGCUCUCGAGAGUGGGUGCUAGGCCGGGUGGAGUAUGACACACGUGUGAGUGACGUGCCGCUCAGUCUCAUCCUGCCUCUGGUCAUGGUGCCCAUGGUGUUUAUCAUUGCCGUAUCCAUCUACUGCUACUGGAGGAAGAGCCAGCAGGCUGAGCGUGAGUAUGAGAAGAUUAAAUCCCAGCUGGAAGGCUUGGAGGAGAGCGUGCGUGACCGCUGCAAGAAGGAGUUCACAGACCUGAUGAUUGAGAUGGAGGACCAGACGAAUGAUGUGCAUGAGGCGGGCAUCCCCACGCUCGACUAUAAGACCUACACCGACCGCGUCUUCUUCCUGCCCUCCAAGGACGGGGACAAGGAUGUCAUGAUCACUGGCAAGCUAGACAUCCCUGAGUCACGGCGGCCCAUUGUGGAGCAGGCCCUUUACCAGUUUUCCAACCUGCUUAAUAGCAAAUCCUUCCUCAUCAAUUUCAUCCACACCCUAGAGAACCAGCGUGAGUUCUCAGCUCGUGCCAAGGUCUACUUCGCAUCGCUGCUGACAGUGGCCCUGCAUGGGAAGCUGGAGUACUACACAGACAUCAUGCGCACGCUCUUCCUGGAACUCAUGGAGCAGUAUGUGGUGGCCAAGAACCCCAAGCUGAUGCUGCGAAGAUCUGAGACAGUGGUGGAGAGGAUGCUGUCCAAUUGGAUGUCCAUCUGUCUGUACCAGUACCUCAAGGAUAGCGCAGGUGAGCCCCUGUACAAGCUCUUCAAGGCCAUCAAACACCAGGUGGAAAAGGGGCCAGUGGACGCUGUGCAGAAGAAGGCCAAGUACACCCUAAACGACACAGGGCUGCUUGGGGAUGAUGUCGAAUAUGCCCCUCUGACGGUGAGUGUGAUCGUUCAGGAUGAAGGCAUUGAGGCCAUCCCAGUUAAGGUCCUCAACUGCGACACCAUAUCUCAGGUCAAAGAGAAGAUCAUUGAUCAGGUGUACCGCACUCAGCCCUGCUCUUGCUGGCCCAAGCCUGAUAGCGUGGUCCUCGAAUGGCGUCCUGGGUCCACAGCCCAGAUUCUGUCUGACUUGGACCUUACCUCUCAGCGGGAAGGCCGGUGGAAACGAAUCAACACCCUUAUGCACUACAACGUCCGGGAUGGAGCCACCCUCAUCCUGUCUAAGGUGGGAGUCUCCCAACAGCCAGAGGACAGCCAACAGGAUCUGCCUGGGGAGCGCCAUGCCCUUCUGGAAGAGGAAAACCGCGUGUGGCACUUGGUGCGGCCAACAGAUGAGGUAGAUGAAGGCAAGUCCAAACGUGGCAGCAUGAAGGAGAAAGAGCGAACCAAGGCCAUCACAGAGAUCUACCUGACACGGCUGCUCUCAGUCAAGGGCACUCUGCAGCAGUUUGUGGACAACUUUUUUCAAAGUGUGCUGGCACCUGGGAAUGCCGUGCCGCCUGCAGUCAAGUACUUCUUUGAUUUCUUGGAUGAGCAGGCAGAGAAGCAUGACAUCCGGGAUGAGGAUACCAUCCAUAUCUGGAAGACCAAUAGUUUACCGCUCCGGUUCUGGGUGAACAUCCUGAAGAACCCUCACUUCAUCUUUGAUGUUCACGUACAUGAAGUGGUAGACGCCUCCCUGUCGGUCAUUGCACAGACCUUCAUGGAUGCCUGUACUCGCACGGAGCACAAGCUGAGCCGUGACUCUCCCAGCAACAAGCUGCUGUACGCAAAGGAGAUCUCUACCUACAAGAAGAUGGUGGAGGACUACUAUAAGAGCAUCCGCCAGAUGGUGCAGGUCAGCGACCAAGACAUGAACACACACUUGGCAGAGAUCUCCCGGGCACACACAGACUCCUUGAACACACUUGUGGCACUGCACCAGCUGUACCAGUACACACAAAAGUACUAUGAUGAGAUCAUCAAUGCUUUGGAGGAGGACCCUGCAGCCCAAAAAAUGCAAUUGGCCUUCCGCCUGCAGCAGAUCGCUGCUGCACUUGAGAACAAGGUUACAGACCUCUGACCUAUCAGUGCUGCCUCAGGAUGCAGAUGGAAGGAGAAGAAAAAGCGGUACGAUGCCUUCCUGACCUCACCUGAGCCUCCCCAAGGGCCGCAGGCACUCCAGGAGGACUUUGAGGGCCAUCACUGGCUCCACCUCUAAGGUCAAGCUGGACGUCAGACGUCGGGGCCCAGGUGGCCAGACGGACCCAGAAAACUGAGGUCCUGGUCUCAGCUGUCAAACAGGCUGUCCUGGAGGCCCUGCCUGGAUCUGGGGAUGCUGGAACAGCAUCUCCCCCAGGAUUACCCACCCCCUUUUUGUAAAUCUUUAUUGUAAAUCCAAUACAGUUGUCUUUUUCACUCUG